AUGUCAACAGCAAGCACUGAUAGUAGUGGAUCAAAUCCUGGUCUUAAUCAGAUCCUUUCACAAUUACCAACAGAUCACCACAAUAAUGCAGUUGGAGUUACAGAAAGCCAUGUAAAUCCAUCACUCACCAAUCGAAUACCAACAAAUGACAGCACAUGGAUAAAUAAAUUCUAUAGUCUUGAUCGUUUAUUUUCUGGUGGUUUACUUCAUUGUUCAUAUCGUAUUAUUGACAUAGCAUUGUUAUUGGUUGGUUUAAUUUCAAAUAAACCAAAAUGUAAUCUAUCAAAUCAUUUAGCUGUAACAGCAAUAUGUUUACUAAUAUUUUAUUUUAUUGAUUUAAUAAUAAUUGCUAUUUUCUUCAUACGAAAUAUGACACAACGUAAUUCAAGUUUAAGUGAAGAACAAAAAUUAGAACAAUUACGGCGCGCAUCAAUAGUACGUGGUUUUUUUAUGUUCUUUAAAAUUAUUCCAGUAUGUUUCGGUACGGGUUAUUCAUUUUCAUCAUCGUUGCCAGAUUCAAAUGACUGUGAGUUAAUGCGUUUCUGUCUUGGUGUCGUUUGUCUAAGCACAUGGCUAAUUAUACUCAUCCCACCAACAAAACCAGAACUACCGAUACGACGUACAUUGCUUGCUGAAUGCUUUAUUCUUUCAUUUGUUUUAAUAAUUAAUUGUUCAUAUAUUGGUACAGUGGCCAAUGCAAUUUCAAAUGUUCAUAAUUCAUCAUGUAUCUAUAAUAAUGCUGAAGAUUUAUAUUUAGGUGCACCAUUGAAAUCAUAUGCAUUUGCGGGAUUAUUACUAUUUUCUUGUGCAACAUUGAUUCAUAUAAUCAAUUUAAUAAUAAAUCAAAUAUAUUUUCGUUUAAAUCGUCAAAGACAAUUUUAUGUGUAUUAUUAUGGAUUACAAUAUUUUUUAAAUUAUUCUGGAGCAAUUAUUGUUAUUUAUUACUUUUCCAUAGGAGGUUUAUUUCUAUUUCAACCACGUUCGGGUCAGACAUGUCGGCAAUAUGCACCAGAUUUAUAUAAAAUAUUAUUAAUCUGGGAAUGGAUAAGAAUACUAUCUCCAUUAUUUGUUGUACCGUUGCUGAUGAUACUCUGUUGUUUAGGAGUAUUUUUUGGUAUUAUUUUAAGUUAUUGUUUACCAGCAUCGAUUACUGUACCCAUUCUUGAAUUACUUCAAGAAUGGCGAUCAGCUGCACCAAUGGCAAUGAAUCCAAAUCCACCAGCUACACAGGAAAACAUUGAUUCUGUACCUAUAGUUUUAUUCAGUCAAGAAUCUAAUCAAUUCAAUCAAACUGAUUGUGCUAUAUGUCGAACUGAUUUUGAAUCAAAUGAAGAAUUAAAAAAACUGCAUUGUGGACAUUUAUUUCAUCCUGAAUGUGUUGCUAAUUGGUUACGAAUAACACGCAUUUGUCCAAUAUGUCGUCAACGGAUGUCACUAACAAAUCCUUAG